GACAGCAGACGUAGACGUGUGCGUCAUUUUUACACGAGCAACACGGUAGCUGCUUGUUUUUAGCUUAAGGUACCUUUAGUUAUAGCAAGCUGUUGAGUGUGUUUAGUCGGAAACUAAUAUCAUUCUGUUUUUUGUUAGUCGAUUGACAGUUGAAUCCGCGUUUAUUAUAUCUGAUCGCGUUGCGUUCGAGUGGUUUAUUGACCUGAACAGGUCAAAAACAGCGACAACAAUGGAGGGCAGCGCUAGUGUUAGAAGAGCACUGUGUGGGACCCUGGUCGCUCCUAAUUUGAACACGGUUGCCCUACGACAGCAGCCCGAAGAGCAGGGGAUAUACAAUCGGAAAGUUCUGGAUGAAGAGGACUACAUUGAGAGUUUAGAGAAGAUUAUCCAGAGGGACUUCUACCCAGACGUCACUAGACUCCAAGCCCAGAGGGAUUACCUGGACGCAGAAGAAUGUGGUGACCUGGGACGGAUGAGAGAGAUCUCCAUCCGUUACGGCUCAUCUUUAAACAAGUCAACACCACGAUCCACCGCCCCAUAUGUCACGCCCGCUAGUUUUGACACUCCGUUAGGACAUGCUGGAUCUCCGUCCUCCAUCAGUGGCAGGACUGCCCCCAGCAUCAAGAGUGUAGACGGAGAGGGCAACGAGAAAAGAGAACUGCCCUGCCUGGAUCGUUUCCUUGCGAAGAACACCAGCGAGGACAAUGCGUCAUUUGAGCAGAUCAUGGAGCUGGCUGAAGACAAGGAGAAGCUGAGACAUUCAUGGUUAUACGAUGCAGAGGCUGAGUACAAACAGCGCCGGGAAGAAAACCUGGCAUUACCCUCGGCAGAGAAGAUGGCCAUCGAUUGUGUAAAAGCUGGCUUGGAGACCUGGGAGUACAAAGCAAAGAAUGCCCUAAUGUACUACCCUGAGGGGGUUAAAGAUGACACUCUGUUCAAAAAGCCACGGGAGGUGAUUCACCUGAACACUCGCUUUGCCGUAGACCCGUUCAGCAAAGCCCUCAACAAAACCCAGAUUCAGCAGGCUGCGGCCCUCAAUGCACAGUUUAAACAGGGUAAAGUCGGACCAGAUGGGAAAGAUCUCAUCCGCAAUGACUCCCCAAUGGUCAACGGAUACGGCUUUGAAGGAUCUCCCUCCCCAGCACCUGGUGUAGCCGACUCCCCACUGAUGACCUGGGGAGAGAUCGAGAGCACUCCCUUCCGCCUGGAUGGAUCUGACACCCCGUACGCAGAAAGAAACCACGGCCCCUCCUUUAAAAUUCCAGAGCCGGGGAGAAGGGAGCGCUUGGGUUUAAAGAUGGCUAACGAGGCCGCGGCCAAAACCCGCGCCAAGAAGCAGGAGGCCUUGAGGAAAGUGUCAGAGAACCUUGCAAGUUUAACUCCCAAAGGCCUCAGCCCGGCUCUCACGCCAGCCCUCCAGAGACUCGUCAACCGCACAUCGAGCAAGUACACUGACAAAGCCCUGAGGGCGAGCUACACACCGUCCCCGUCGCACAGUGCCAGCGGCUGCAAAACCCCCCUGAGCGGCCCUUCCACCCCCAUAGCCACGCCCACCAAGGGAAAGACCCCCGGCUCACAGGACACGUCCUCGCUCACAGACGAUUUGCUGCAGCUGCCCAAGCGACGCAAAGCCGCCGACUUUUUCUAACGGUAAACGACUUCUGCAGGAACGCCGCUGCAGGGCUCGAGACCUCGUUCUGCGCUUCGAUCAUGCCGAUCUAAGCGAUAUUCUGCCGUGGAGAAACUUGAAUACGGUGAAUAAUUUGUACAUCUUUUACUCGCUUACGUAAUUUUGUUUACUGAACCUUUUGAACGCUCAAAUCUUGAAUCUGAAUGCUUACUUUUGAAUUUGUUUUUCCAUCUGCCUAGGCCUCCUUUGUAGAUGUUAGUGUCACAACUAAAUAAUAUAUGUCCUGCUUACAUUAGGCAUGCUUAUUAUUGUUCCAUAAGUUAUAAUGAUUUCAAAUAAAAGUGCAGUGGAGUGGUUCAGAAUAUAAUGGUUCUGUGUCGUAGCUGUAGUGCACAAUGUCAGAUGUUCCAAGCACAAACCACAAUCAGUUGAGUUAGCACAAACAACCCUACCCCAUCUGCAACAAUGUUCGUAAACAUUCAGAAAUGUGUUUUUCUACACGUCAAAUGACAUCCCCACUGUCUUCUUUCCUUAAAGAUUAAAUGUGAGGCCCCAAUGAAAGACAUUUCACUGAUGUUUUUUCGAAAUAUGCAAUUAUUCAUAUGGAAACAUUACACCUUGUGUGAAUAAUAAAGAUGUAUUUGUUUUA